AUGAUCCAAAGCGAUGAAGCGCUAUGGCUCGCAUACGACUACGAGAGCACAUGGUUAGAGGACGGCGUGGAAGGUGGAGGUCAGAAGGCUGGCCGGGCCUUUCAAGCCCUACCGGUCGAAUUCCACGGAGAGCACCACGCACUGCUCACGGUUGGAACGCUUCCGAAUAUCCAUCUCAUCGGUAAGCAUAAGCGAUAA